AGCCUGAUCCCGCCAUUGUGUAGCUGAACCUAAAAGCUGUAAUAGAGAAACAGAGCGUUAGCUUCAUUACUCCUGCGGAGAGAGCAGACUUUAACCAGGAAAAUAGCGCUAAAUUAAACCGCAGGGGGGAGAAAUGUCAGCCAGCAGCCUCGCUGAACAGAGACCGAAAGGCCAAGGGAACAAAGUGCAAAACGGAGCUGUUACCCAAAAGGAGACUCUAAAUGAUGAUGAGUUUGAACCUUAUCUGAACGCUCAGCCCAGACAGAGCAAUGCCUAUACGGCCAUGUCCGACUCCUAUAUGCCCAGCUACUACAGCCCCUCCAUAGGAUUCACCUACUCGCUGAAUGAAGCGGCAUGGUCUACGGGUGGUGACCCCCCAAUGCCUUACCUGGCCUCUUACGGACAGCUUAGCAAUGGGGAGCACCAUUUCCUCCCUGAUGCCAUGUUUGGCCAGUCGGGGGCUUUGGGGAGCAACCCUUUCCUGGGACAGCACGGUUUCAACUUCUUCCCCAGUGGGAUUGACUUCUCGGCUUGGGGAAGCAGCAGCUCUCAGGGACAGUCCACUCAGAGUUACGCCUAUGCCCCAAGCUCACUAGGCGGUGCUGUGAUUGACGGACAGUCUCCCUUUGCAGCCAAUGAGCCACUCAACAAGGCGGUGGGGAUGAAUAGUUUGGACCAGGGCAUGGCGGGGCUUAAGAUAGGGGCAGCAGGAGGGGACAUGGCUCCUAAAGUUGUUGGCUCUGGACUUCCUGGUGGCCCUCUUAGUCAGGUUUCGACAGCUCCAAGCAUGCCUGCGGCUUCCAUUGCCCCUGCCAAAGCUGCUUCCUGGGCAGAUAUCGCUAGCAAACCGGCCAAACCACAGCCCAAACUUAAGACCAAGGGUGGUCUGGGUGGGACGAACCUUCCACCUCCGCCAAUUAAACACAACAUGGAUAUUGGGACUUGGGAUAAUAAAGGGGCAGUGCCCAAAGCUGCAGCUCCUCAGCAAACCACCAUGCCCACCAAUGGACAGCCACCCAAUCAGGUCUCUCCACAGCCUGGCACCACUGCCGGAGGUGUGCCGCAGCUUCCCAUCAGCAAUGGACAGUUGGUACCCCCUACUGGUCAGAUUGUUCAGCACCCUCAACCUCCAAAUGGCCAGCAAAGCAUGGCCCAGCAUCCUCAGCUUUCUCAAGGCCCUCCUCCUGCCCCGCCCCAGCCAUCUCAACCAACCCGCUGGGUACCGCCCCGUAACCGUACCAACGGAUUUGGUGAUGCGGUGGGUGGUGCCGGGACUGGCCAAUCGCCUCCCAGUGCCGGGCUGGGUGGUGUUCCUGUUCAGUCAGAGCCACACCCGGUUCUGGAGAAGCUUCGUCUGGUCAACAAUUACAACCCGAAAGACUUUGAUUGGAACCCCAAGCAGGGUCGUGUGUUCAUCAUCAAGAGUUACUCUGAGGACGACAUCCACCGCUCCAUCAAGUACAACAUCUGGUGCAGCACGGAGCACGGGAACAAGCGCUUGGAUGCAGCGUACCGCUCCCUUGGUGGGAAAGGUCCGCUCUACUUGCUCUUUAGUGUCAAUGGAAGUGGCCAUUUUUGUGGCGUGGCGGAGAUGCGAUCGCCCGUGGACUACAACACCUGUGCUGGCGUGUGGUCGCAGGACAAGUGGAAAGGGCGCUUCGACGUACGCUGGAUCUUUGUCAAAGACGUUCCCAACAGCCAGCUAAGGCACAUUCGACUGGAGAACAACGAGAACAAGCCCGUAACCAACUCGCGUGACACGCAGGAGGUUCCCCUCGAAAAAGCACGUCAGGUGCUCAAGAUCAUCGCCAGCUACAAGCACACCACCUCCAUCUUUGACGACUUCUCACACUACGAGAAGCGCCAGGAGGAGGAGGAGAGUGUGAAAAAGGUGGAGGUGCAGGGGAGCGAUCCGUACUCGAGUAACCCCAGCCGGAGUCACUACCGACUGCAGGAUCGCCAAGGACGUGUCAAGUAAAAAGCCACUGGUUUGGGCAAAAGACUGACAUAGUCCUGCUCUCCUUACACCCUGAUCUUUUCACUGAAUACACCGGGGAAAAGACUUAACCGAGGAUUCAAAAUAUGAAAAAAAAAAACAACGAAUGAGAAAAAGAAACUAAAUGAAGACUCUUCUCUUGAUUUCUGUUGACUUAAAAGACUUACUUUGAACUUGUAGUAAAAAGAAAAAGAAACGAUUAUUCAUAGGACUACGACUUAAUAAUUCUAUAGGAUUCUUAGGUGACCAUUUUCCCUCCUUUUUUCAUCCCAUCCCUCUUUUGCUGCCUCUUACUUUUUCCUGACUUUUGUUUUUCUUCCCAAUUUUUAUCUUCUGUUUUUACUGUCCAAAAGCAAGGCCUGACCUCUUUCUCAGUCAAAUCUAGAGUGGAUUUUUUUUUUUCCUUUUUUAAAUAGUGCCCCAUUUGAGUGGCAGUCUAUUUAAUUUGUCUUUAAGCCCUUCCCCAGUUUUUAUUGGAGUUGAAAUGAUCCAAUCGGGAUGUCCGGUGGGAGUUGCCUUCUUUGUGGAUGUCGCUUUGUGUAGCCUGUGCGACGUAAAAAAGGAAGGAAAAAAGGAAAACAAAAUAAAGAUGUAUGUUCUGAUCUUAUCGCUCCCUUAAGAAUCAAAGAAAAAAGGUAAAAAUGAAUGUUCAUGAAUGUUUUUGUUGGUUUGUUUUUGUUUUUCCCACCUUCUCAUUUCUCAUUGGUCAGAGAUUGCAAAAGGACGGGGUCAACCGAGCCAUAAUUGAGUUUAGCCGUUUAUCAUUUUGUUUUACACUGCGCAGAAACGCGGAGGCCAUGUUUAUGGUCGUCGUUGGACUUUUGUUUUCCUUUAUUUCAACUUUAAAAACAACAGAACUAGUUGCUAUGGGCUUUUCUUCAUGUCCUCCUGUUUGUUUUCCACUUCUGUUUCUUAAGUCGGCAUCAUUGGUGGGCUGUGGACCCCCUCUUUCUAUUACUCAGUUCAUCAAAAUAAAUGUGGUAUACUCAGCAGAACAUGUGUGUUGCAUUUCCCCCUCCCCUCCCCGCUCCCCAUUGUUUGACUAAAAUGCUCUUCUCCAUGCACACUAACCCUUGUCCUGAAACUCCUGGAAUCCUUGCUCCCCUCACUCUGCCGCCUGCACACUCCACCCACCCUUCCUACCAACCCACCUACCCGUCCCUUCCUGUAGUAUGUUAAUGUUGGUGCAUUUAAAGGGGUCCUGCAAAAACGUAUGGCAUUGAUCAGUGGCGGAAUAAAAAGCUGCUAAAAAGA